CCAUAGUAAUACAUACCCACUCAACUAAAUAUCAUCCAUCCACUCUCUCUCUCUCUCUCUUAUAUAUAUUCUCUUUCAUUUUCUCAUCAUCCAAACAGAAUCGUCGUUUCAUUCCACUCCAAUACCUAACCCUAAGGGCUUUAAUCGAAAAAAAGAAAGAAUGAUACUAGUGGCGUCAAUGGCGGAGCUGAUGGAGGAGUACACGGCGUUGCUGUCGAGGGUUCUAGAACAUUUGUUCCAUUCGGCGCCGUUUCCUGGACGGGUUCGAUUUCUCAUCCUCCGGAAUCUUCCUUUCGUUUCUUAUAUUCCUCCUCCUCCUUCUUCAAUUCGCACUCGUGUUUGAAUUAGAGACUAAUUUAGAAUUAAUCCUUUUUUUUUUUAUUUUCUUUUCUUUUUCUUCUUCUUUGAAUUUGAGGGAUUUUUUAAGGUCUUUUUUUUGUUUAUGUACGUAUGAUGAUGUAUUAUAUGAAAUAAUCUGGAGUUUUUUCUCUUUCUCUGUGAUGAUUUCCAUAUUGUAUAUACGUAUAAUUUUUGAUUAAGAGUAAUUUGGUUUCAAA